GUUUUACAGCGCUGCAAGACUUCCGAGAGCGGCGGCGACAAAAGCAUAGAGGCAACUUUGAGAGGAAAACACCGACGCCGCGGACCGAGCGCGAUGUUCGUAACACACUGAAACAGCGCCCGGCUCCACGUCGACCCGGACCGAACACAGAAAUUUUGGCGGUACAUAAUUGUAGCGCUCAUGCUUUCAUUCUGAAGGGGUUGGAGCGGAAGUCUGGUCGUCGUUGCUGCCCAUUGAACACAGGCCGGCCAAGAUGGCAGAAUACCUGGCGUCCAUUUUUGGGACUGAGAAAGAUAAGGUCAACUGCUCUUUUUAUUUUAAAAUUGGUGCCUGUCGACAUGGAGACCGCUGCUCCAGAUUACACAACAAGCCAACUUUCAGCCAGACCAUUGCCCUCCUGAACAUUUACCGGAACCCCCAAAACAGUGCCCAGUCUGCCGAUGGCCUCACCUGUGCCAUCAGUGACAUGGAGAUGCAGGAGCACUAUGAUGAGUUUUUUGAGGAGGUCUUCACAGAGAUGGAAGAAAAAUACGGAGAAGUGGAGGAGAUGAACGUAUGUGACAACCUUGGGGACCACCUAGUAGGAAACGUGUACGUGAAGUUCCGUUACGAGGAGGACGCAGAGAAGGCCGUGAUAGACCUGAACAACCGGUGGUUCAAUGGGCAGCCCAUCCACGCCGAACUCUCUCCCGUCACAGACUUCAGAGAAGCUUGCUGUCGCCAGUAUGAGAUGGGGGAAUGCACUCGUGGUGGCUUCUGUAACUUCAUGCAUCUGAAGCCCAUCUCCCGUGAACUGAGGAGAGAGCUCUACGGACGCCGGAGGAAGGGCCGUCAUCGGACUCGGUCUCGAUCAAGAGAGAGACGAUCUCGCUCUCGAGACAGAGGCCGGGGAGGUGGUGGCGGCCGCGGAGACCACGAGAGACGCCGCUCCAGAGACAGAGAGCGUUCCGGCCGAUUCUGAGCAACAAGCCAUGACUACUUGUCCUUCCCGCCCCGUACAGAUACCCAGUCUUUUUUUUAAGUUUGUACCCUCCAGAUGUAUUCUAGGACUAAGUGACAGGUACCCGAAUAUGAAGCUGUGACAGCAUUGAUGACCUUGUUUUUUUUCUUGAUUUCACUUCAUUAAAAUUACCAUUUUUACUUAA